GAACUCGACCAAUCCAAGCGCUCAGUGUUGAAGCGGCCCGUGAGGUUCCAAGAUGUCUGCGCCCAUGUAACGCUAGUGGCCGACGGCGAUUUCUUCCUCUGCUCCGGGCUCCUCUGGUACCCGGCUGAACCCGAGGAUUAUGCUGGGCCGGACUCUCCGAGAAGUUUCUGCAGCACUGAAACAGGGCCAAGUCACACCAACAGAACUGUGCAAGAAAUGUCUCUCCCUCAUCAAGAAAACCAAGUAUCUAAAUGCUUACAUUACUGUGUCAGAAGAGGUGGCCUUAAAGCAAGCUGAGGAAUCGGAGAAAAGAUACCAACAAGGUCAGUCGCUUGGAGAUUUAGAUGGAAUUCCUGUUGCUGUAAAAGACAACUUCAGCACAUCUGGCAUUGAGACAACAUGUGCAUCAAAUAUGCUAAAAGGUUAUAUACCACCUUACAAUGCUACAGUAGUUCAGAAGUUGUUGGAUCAGGGAGCUCUUCUCAUGGGGAAAACAAAUUUGGAUGAGUUUGCUAUGGGAUCUGGAAGCACAGAUGGUGUGUUUGGACCAGUUAAAAACCCCUGGAGUUAUUCAAAGCAAUACAGAGAAAGGCGGCGACAUGAUGAGCACGGUGAUUCGCAUUGGCUGAUAACUGGAGGGAGCUCGGGUGGCAGUGCCGCUGCAGUGGCAGCGUUCACGUGCUUUGCGGCUCUAGGAUCAGAUACUGGAGGGUCCACCAGAAACCCUGCUGCCCACUGUGGGCUUGUUGGUUUCAAACCAAGUUAUGGCUUAGUUUCCCGUCAUGGCCUCAUUCCCCUGGUGAAUUCGAUGGAUGUGCCAGGAAUCUUCACCAGAUGUGUGGACGAUACAGCAAUUGUGCUAGGUGUACUGGCUGGACAUGACCCCAAAGAUUCCACCACAGUACAAGACCCUAUUAAGCCACUCAUGAUUCCUGGUGAGAUGGAUGUAAGCAGACUGUGUAUAGGAAUCCCAAAGGAAUAUAUGGUACCAGAGCUGUCAAGUGAAAUACAGUCUCUCUGGUCCCAAGCUGCUGACCUUUUUGCGUCUGAGGGUGCCAAAGUGAUUGAAGUCUCCUUGCCACACACCUGCUACUCAAUUGUCUGCUACCAUGUGCUGUGUACAUCGGAAGUGGCUUCGAAUAUGGCAAGAUUUGAUGGGCUACAAUAUGGUCACAGGUCUGGCAUUGAUGUAUCCACUGAAGCCAUGUAUGCUGCAACCAGACAAGAAGGGUUCAAUGACGUGGUACGAGGAAGAAUUCUCUCAGGAAACUUUUUCUUAUUAAAAGAAAAUUAUGAGAAUUAUUUCAUCAAAGCGCAGAAAGUGAGGCGCCUCAUUGUGAGGGAUUUCGUGAAUGCUUUUGAAUCUGGUGUGGAUGUCCUGCUAACUCCCACCACCCUGAGUGAGGCAGUGCCAUACUUGGAGUUCAUCAAAGAAGACAACAGGACACGAAGUGCCCAGGAUGACAUUUUCACACAAGCUGUAAAUAUGGCCGGUUUGCCAGCAGUGAGUGUCCCUGUGGCCCUCUCAAACCAAGGGUUACCAAUAGGACUGCAGUUAAUCGGACGUGCAUUUUGUGACCAGCAACUUCUGACAGUUGCCAAAUGGUUUGAAAAACAAGUACAGUUUCCUAUUAUUCAGCUGCAAGACCUCAUGGAUGAUGGCUCGUUGGUUCUUGAAAAUGGAAAGUUAACUUCAGUUUCUCUGACCUAAUAGUGAUCAAUGAAUGAAGCAAUUGGCUGGUAGUGGGGUGCCAGGACUCCAUCGCUGGUCUCGGGCUUGCUAGGCAGGCUGUCUGCCCUUGGACUGACUCUCCACCACUGGAUCACGCCAUUAAAAUGACUGAGGUGCUGUUCUCUAGAGUGCCCAGUGAUCUUGCUCAGCUCUGUGAUUACGUUCACUGUCAACACUGUGUGUCCUGGGAAUCACUUCUUCAAAUCCCUGUGAUGUUAUUAAUUGUAAUAUUUAUACAUUCAUUAAAUAACUGUUAAAUUCAA